GCGGCGGGAGGGCUCGCGCCAUGAAGAAGCACUCGGCCAGGGUCGCCCCUCUCAGCGCGUGCAACAGCCCGGUCCUGACCCUCACCAAAGUGGAAGGGGAUGAGCGUUCCCGUGAUUCCCCAGCCCCAGCAGAAGCCCAGGCGCAUGCUGGGAUGGAGGCUGGUGGAAGAGGAAGCCGAUGUUGCUGGACAUGCUCUGUAACUCAACUUAAGAAAUUUUUCUGGGGAGUGGUGGUGGUACUCGGUGUCUGUUCCUCCUGGUCAGGUUCAACUCAGCUAGCAAAACUGACCUUUAAGAAAUUUGAUGCACCUUUCACUUUGACAUGGUUUGCAACAAACUGGAACUUUUUAUUCUUUCCUUUGUAUUACAUUGGACAUGUUUUUAAGUCAGCUGAAAAACAGUCUCCACAGCAAAGAUACAGGGAGUGCUGUCGAUUUUUUGGAGACGAUGGCUUGACUUUGAAGGCAUUUUUUACCAAGGCAGCACCCUUCGGUGUACUUUGGACACUAACAAACUACCUGUACUUACAUGCAAUAAAAAAAAUAGACACAACGGAUGUUUCCGUCUUGUUCUGCUGCAACAAAGCUUUUGUGUUUUUGCUUUCGUGGAUUGUUCUCAGGGACAGGUUCAUGGGAGUGAGGAUUGUGGCUGCUAUACUUGCUAUUGCAGGGAUAGUCAUGAUGACUUAUGCUGAUGGAUUCCACAGUUAUUCAGUUAUUGGAAUAGCACUUGUUGUGGGAUCUGCCUCAAUGUCAGCUCUGUACAAGGUUUUAUUUAAACUUCUCCUGGGAAGUGCUAAAUUCGGAGAAGCCGCCUUAUUUUUGUCAGUGUUAGCUGUCUUCAACAUCCUUUUUGUUACCUGUAUUCCUGUCAUCCUUUACUUUACCAAAGUUGAAUACUGGAGUUCUUUUGAUGCCAUUCCUUGGGGAAGCAUUUGCGGAUUUUCAGUCUUAUUAUUGACAUUCAAUAUUUUAUUAAAUUUUGGGAUUGCUAUUACAUAUCCUACCCUGAUAUCUCUUGGAAUUGUACUAAGUGUACCUGUAAAUGCUGUUGUCGAUCACUACCGGAGUGACAUCGUCUUCAACAGCGUUCGUGUGAUUGCCAUCGUCAUCAUUGGCCUGGGCUUCCUCCUGUUGCUUUUGCCAGAGGAGUGGGAUGAGUGGUUAAUAAAGCUCCUCACUCGUCUCAAAGUUCGGAAGAAGGAAGAGGUCCCAGAAGGAAACGGAGACAUUGUGUCUGGAUUGCAAAACAAAAGCAGGAGAACACGCCCAUCCAUGUCAUCUUUCACACAUUAGUGCUGUU